GCUUAUAUCUUUAUUCUGAAUUUUAAUUUUUAAAUAUAGAUGUUUGGAUCAUUCGUGAUUUGGAUGCAAUAAUUUAUAUUUUAAUUAUUUAAUUGUGUAAUAAUCCGCAUGGCAACAAGAAUGGACGGUCAGGAUUUGUUGAUUAGAUUGGAAAUUAAAGAAAGAGAAAAAGAAGAAAUCUUUAAUACUGAGAUUUGUUUGUUUCGGGAAUUUGGGUGCUUGGAAUUCAUGGGUAGAAGUAGUAGUAGUUAGUAAUAGCAUGAUUGGUGGAGUUUUGGUGUUGAAAGGAUUUGCGGGGAGAGUGUGAGGAAAAAUAAAAGAUGCAUUUGGUAUCGAUGACGGGAUGUUUUCUCCUACAGUAUCUUCUCCAUUGAUCACGGUGGGAAAGAUCCGGCAGGCUUCCUCUCGCGGUUCUUAAAAGACCACUUCAACGUCUAUGUUGGUAUGCAUAAAUUCUUUGAUUUUUCUUGAAAUUUUGAUAAACGGGUGCUUUUAUGGAGUGGAAUUUGUUGCUCCAUUAACCUCAGAUUUGCAUCUUUGGAAAAAAAAAAUCAGGGGUAUUCCUUACAUGCCAAUGGCUUAGCUAGUAUUCCGAACUUUCGCGGUAAUUUCAGAUGGUUCUAUGUUUUAUCAUUCUCUUUAUCCGGGGAAUGUAUAACCUAUGCACAGUGUGCAGAUUUAAUAUUCUUGCGUGCUGCAUAGAAUUUGGAAAUAUGUCACGUUAGAUGGGAACCUUUUUAUCUUGUGCGCCCCUUCAUGAAUGGGCAGUGGUAGAAAAAUCUUACUGUUCGGAUCAAGAUGAUCAAUUUCGUUUGGGUUUCAGGCACAUUCCAUACUGGUAUAAGAGCUAGGAACCCUUCCUCGUACUGGAUUGUAUUGAGCCUUGUUGUGGUCCAUUUUGAUCCAUUUUGGUUGGUUUUUGCCACAACAUUUUUGACGUAUAGGAUCUUUUGUCAAGAAAACAUUUUUGACAUAUUGCUUUUUAAUGGUUCCUGGUUGUAUUUGUAGGUGCCUUUUGGGAGAACUUUAGUGAACGGAAGGGUUAGAUCCAUGCGUUUCCUAUUUUCUUCGUUUAUUUAGAAGUUAUCUUUAUUUGUCUUUUCCAGAAUGGAACACUGAAUUGACUAAAAUGCUGAAGUAUUUUGAUAUAGCAGGAAAACGAAAUGGUAACCAAAAUGGAAUUGACAAUAUGGUUCAGAUGAACUUGACCGGCCAAUCGUAACCUACAAAUUACAUUUGGAUGGUAGAAAAGAACAUUGGCAAUGAUUAGCAUUGCUGGAAAUAAAAGUCCACCUGUUACAUAGUUGUCCAGUCAUGGUGGCGCCCACUUUAUUAAUGGUUCUUCAUAUAGGAUGACACGUGCCCUAUCUUUGUGCAGCACACGAGAUAUAAAUAUGUGCAAUGCGAACAGGUAUUGUUUGCAUUCCUGCAGGUAUUCCUCGUUAUCCUUCGCCAUAUGCGGGUAUGGGUCGCCCUGCCUUCCCACCACGUCCACCAACGGCAAUGGGUGUGAUUCCGCCACUGUCACGGCCUCCUGUUCCAGGGAUCCGUGGAGUUCCUCCAAUGGUUGCCCCUGUGAUGAGGCCAGUUGUUCCUAUUGUUGCACCGACAGAGAAGCCCCAGACCACAGUUUAUGUUGGCAAGAUAGCUGCAACUGUGGAAAAUGAAUUUCUGCUCUCUCUCCUUCAGCUAUGUGGGCCAGUCAAGAGUUGGAAGCGUGCACAAGAUCCCUCUGAUGGAUCUCCAAGAGGCUUUGGCUUUUGUGAAUUUGAAUCUGCUGAAGGGGUGCUUCGUGCGUUGCGCCUGCUGAGUAAAUUUAGUGUUGAUGGACAAGAGCUGGUGCUAAACGUAAAUCAAGCAACAAGGGAAUACCUAGAGCGUUAUGUUGAAAAGAAAACUGAAAGAGAAAAGAAACUUAAAGAAGGUGAUGCUGAAGGUAUUGAAAAAGAUGAUGAGAGUGCACCAGGUGUCAAGAAGCAUGAGCCUCAAAAGCCCUCUUUACAGGACUCAAAAAAGGAUGAUCAUUCGGCGGAUAAAGAAAAUCAUGAUGCAGCCCAGAAAUUUGGUAUCGUGACGGAUGAAGAUCGCGAGGCCGACAGAGAGGCUUCAGAGAAGCUAACAAGUAUGAUGGAAGAGAGGUUGAAGACAAAACCCCUGCCUCCUCCCCCACCUGUCCAAAAUGAUAGUUCUAUGAAAUCAAACUCUGAAGUGCCUGCUAAAUCCAGGGAUGGGGAUUCUGAUGUGGAUAUCAUGAAAAGUGAUGCGGCUGAAGAUAAAAAUGAUGAUGAGACAACAAGCGAACACAAGCCAACAGCUGAGCACGAUAGGCCUGAAACAAGCUCAUCGGACAAGGGUAGGAGGUAUGAUAGGAGGAGCAGAGAGAGGGACAGGGAGCGGGAUUUGAAAAGGGAGAAGGAACGGGAACUAGAGAGAUAUGAGAGAGAACGGGAGAGAGAAAGAGUGAGGAGGGAGAGGGAGCGAGAGAUGAAAGUCCGAGAGGCUGAGCGUUUGUAUAAGGAGCGCGUUAAGGAGUGGGAAUCCAGGGAGAGAGAAAAAGAUCACCAGAGGAUGUAUGAGAAGGAGAAGGAGAAGGAAAAGGAACGUGAACGCCGGAGGGAGAUCAUGGAUCAAGAAGAUGAGAGUGAUGAUGAAGAUACAAGGAAACGAAGGCGCAGGAGUAGUAGCACAUAUGAGGAGAAGAGGAGAAAAAGGCAACGGGAAAAGGAAGAUGACUUGGAUGAUCGAUUAAGAGAGGAAGAGGAAUUUGCAGAGGCUAAGAGGCGAGCAGUUGAAGAGCAGAAGCAGAGAGAGGAAGAGGUUGGCCAGGCAACUAAUGGGAGUGAGAAACCUGCGAUGCCAGAAGAAGGAAUUAGUGAUGAAGAGAGAGAAAAUGCUUUAGAUGUGACUUGUGAGAGGGAUUCUGGUCAUGCUAACCAUUCUCGUGAUGCGGUUCAAAGAAAUGGCACUGGGGAUGAAUUAACUUCGGGAUCAUCAGUUGCUGAUUUGGAUAUGAGGCAGAAUAGCGGUGCUCCUGCUCGAAAGUUGGGUUUUGGCCUAACAGGCUCAGGAAAACGAACGGCCGUCCCUUCUGUUUUCCAUGAAGAAGAUGAUGAGGAUGCACAGAAGGAGAAGAAGAUGAGACCACUAGUGCCUAUCGAUUAUUCCACGGAGGAAAUAAAGGCGGUCCAACCCUCUGUUACUGGGACACCCCCGAAUUUGGUGGCAGCGGCAGAAUUUGCUAAGCGAAUCUCCAAUGUUAACACCAAAGAAGAGAGGGGUGAAUCAGAGAGGGAAAGAAGUAAGCGAUCUAAUGACAGAUCGAGCCAGAGAGAGCGAGAUCGAAAUGAUGAUGAGAGCAGCCGUGCCAGAGAUGAGAACAAAGAGAAAGUGCAUGAUAAGUCCCUUGACCGGGACAGGGAUCAGGAACAUGGUCCAGAUAAGGUGAAGUCACUGGAAAACAAGAAGCUUUUGGACGCAAAGCAAUUAAUCGAUAUGAUCCCGAAAACUAAGGAAGAGUUAUUUUCAUAUGAUAUCAACUGGGCUGUUUAUGACAAGCAUGAGCUACAUGAGAGAAUGAGACCGUGGAUAUCAAAGAAGAUUACGGAGUUUCUGGGUGAGGAAGAAGCUACUUUGGUGGACUACAUUGUUUCCAGUACAAAGGAGCACGUGCGGGCAACUCAAAUGCUGGAACUGCUCCAAUCCAUCUUGGAUGAUGAAGCGGAAAUGUUUGUCCUCAAGAUGUGGAGGAUGCUUAUCUUUGAAAUUAAGAAAGUGGAGACAGGUCUCUCUUUAAAGCCUAGGGCCUGACAACCUGGUAUCAUUUCUUCUUUCCUUUUCCCCUUCCUGACUUUCUGUGCCAUUUUCUUUGAUGAAUGUAUUUCACCAAUGUUAACUUCUCUGCUGUAGUAGCAAAAAACAGACUGGAAAGAGCUUUCUCUUUUCUCCAAGAAGUAUCAAAUUUUUAGUUUACUUUUGUGCAUUA